AAGAGCAAUAUCAGUGUUACUCUUUUUUUAUACUUUUGCUUCAAACGAUAAGCAUGAAAUGUUGUACCAAUACUGGGAUCUCUAUUAGGACCAGCCGGACGUGAAAGGGCGAUAAUUGCUUCGUCUGCAACCCAAUUAUGACCUUCGUUCCACUACAAGACGGCACAAUCUCGUUUGAAGAUCUCCUCGACGCCGAGUUGUCGUCAUACACGAAAGACAAAGGGACCUGUGUCGACAUGGAGGAGGCAGCAUCGUCAUCUUCCGGGUCAGAAAUACGGAAAAAUAGCAAGUUUACGCAACAAUGCUUGGAAGGUUGUGCAUACGGCCAGAUUUCCGAUGUCAAGUACCGAAUUCACAUGACGCAUGCGCAGUCGGAUGAAAGCAAGGUGGAAACCACGAAAGUGGUCGUCGUGGCGGAUGGCGAAUUUCGGAGUUGUUUCAAACAAGGCGAAAUGGUGAUGAAGAAUGACGCCGCGCUGGCCAGGUCGGGGCCGCAUGUCGACUGUGGCGACCACGAGGCGAAAAAUAAAUCCGGAGCGGAUACCUUGCACGGGUCACUGCAGGUCAACACGGUCAGAUUGGGGGGAACUGUGGAGGCGUGCGGGUGUCAGGGGGACUUUUGUAAUAAGGGCACUGGGGCCGGAUUUGGGGCGAAUUCUGGGUUAUCACGUGUUGAUAUCCGAGUAGGGAUGAUAAGAUGUUGGGUUUUGGUAUCAGUUUUAGUAUCGUAUGUAAUUUCAUGAAAAUUCUUGUCAAAAUGUACAAGUUUCCGUGAAAUGAUGGGUUUGGAUAAAAUGCUAAACUAAUUUGGAACCUUUAUAAGUACUUAUAAAGGUUUGUGUAUUUUAUUUUUCAUAAAUAUUUACUUAUCAUGACGGCUUAUUCUGUAAUAUUCACAAUUAUUUUCGUAAUUUGAUUUUUCAUAAAUAUCUAUGUUCUCACCAUGACUUCUUUUUCGCAUUUCUGCCUGCAAAUAAAUUUUCUUGCCAAAUUUAUGCAGAGAUGGUUUUCACAAUAAACUGCGAAACACAUUACGAGCGGCAAACAAGUAAAUUCGUGUCGUUAUUCUUCCAACAAAAAUAAAAUCGAAAAGUCAUCCGAGAUUUUUAUUUCAAAUUAUUUUUUAACGUCGGUUAAAAAUCAGAAAUUCGAAGUCGCAAACGUCGACAUAUUUUCGAACUCAAAAUGCAGGCUGCCCCACAUUCAUCAAGAGACAAACCACAAGGUUGGACAGCUGCUCAAUUGGAGAAACAGGGAAAGGAAUUUUCCUGCUAUCGCUGUCAAGCAACCUUUCGGUCCGAAAAGGAACGGGCCGAGCAUAUGGUUAAAGAUAAGAAGAAUGCCUGUCCGAAAUAUGUCGAAACUGUAGAAAAGAUCCGUAAUAUUGCACGGGAAGCAGUGGAUAUGCGUCCAGAAGAUCGUCCCCACGUAAAUCCCCCUCAUUUUGAGGACGAUAUUGACGAGCUGGACCCACCUUCACUGAUAAGUGAAAUAAAUCACUUAAAACGAACUCUCCCCACCUUUAACGAUCUUGGACGUAUCGAUUUCAACGAUAUUCCGGAAGUAUUGAGACGCCACGAGGAGUUCCUGAAGGAAGAAAAUGUGAAGGCGCGUGCUCGUGGGGAGAAGGUUAUCUACUCGUGGAGUUCCUAGAAAAAUGAACGCCUCAACAAUAAUUAUCUAAUCGGCUUUCACCUGUAUGUAACUAAGGAAAAUCCACGUUAUUUUAUAAAUACAAUUUUAUACCGUUUUCGUUUUUCUAGAAAUCAAUCAACCCAAAAAUUCUAAUUUGCCUAAAAAUUAAAAGUCUAUUCUACCCAAAACGGAAAAUAGUUUUCAAAAGUUUUUGUUCAAAAUGUGCUGCUUUCGAUGGUGCCUCCACCGUUUUCUUUCUUCCCCUCUGACAUUCUACAUACGCCACCCGUUUGCGACACGCACCUCCACCUCGGCGACACUCCUUCUCGCUGGUCUCACCUCCAUCCUCAUCUCCACUGUUUUUAAUGGUCUCGCGCUUUCCGCGGAUCGCGAGUGGGACCGAAUUUUAGAAGGUGAAACGAAAUUUCCUGCGCAAUCGAGCGGAUUUUUCGCCAACAAGUCGCUCGACCUCGACCAUAAUGAGUUUCUUGCGGAAAAAGACCUCCUCCGCCGACCUCUCGCCCCUUCCACGAUCUCCUUCGUGUUUGCCAUCGUCACAGCGUGCGUCAUGGUUAGCCACAUGUUAAUCAUGACAUUCUUUUCGUAUAAGAAGAAUGAGCCGAAUAAGAGAAUCAAGUCGAUUCAUCACCUCGUUUCGACGGCGACCUUAUAUUUUUGCAUUUUCCUCGUGCUCCUGACCUGUUUUGGAUACGAGGGAUGGACAACGGCUGAAAACUCGAAGAAUUAUGUCGCUCUGAUCUCGACAUUUUAUUCCCGACUCCAACGCGAUGCGAAGGAUCACGAUUUUCCGAAAAAACAGAAUUACGCAACAACGCCAUUCGCCACGUUGGACGAGACGCUUUUUAUGAUGGACAUCAUCGGAAUUUGUGUAAAGAGUUCGCUCCACUAUUUCUUCUUGGAAGACAAAUCAUCCCCAUUUCCAAUUCCGCUGUUGGACAAUGUCACCCUCAUUGAUGGGAUGGUGUACGACUCGGAAAGUUUGACCGAAUUGAGGUUCUGUCAAGAAGAGGGGUACAAAGUGGUUGGAGUGACUUUCGGCAUAUUGGCGUCCCUCUUUUGCUUCGUUAUUGGAUGUGUCACCGCAUUUUGGCUUCGGAACACAAUGAAAUUUAUUUCGUCAUCGUCUUCACUGCAGAGUCGGACUGAAACUGGAAAGGGAGAAGAGGAUGCUCAACUCGGCGACAUUUUCAACACGUACGGCGACCCAAAUGAGAAAGUGGGGGCAAUGAGCAGUUCGAGACUUGUGAUCGUUUCGCCGUCCGCGGCGUCAUCAUCACGUGGAUUGACGACGAGUGGUGGUGAUGUUCCACCAAUUCAACCGCCUCCUCCUAAAAAGGGGGGCACCUUGGCGUACUGGUUUGAGUAAGGGGGGUCAAAAGAUUGUAAAAUUCUUGCAAAAUUCUUAUCAAAAUUAUCUUGUUUCCAUGAAUCAUAGUAACAAAUAAAUAACUAUUUAAAAUUGUUA